AUGUCCGAAUCAAUAAACGAAACUUCAGCAUCUGAUGGCUCAUAUUGUCCUGCUAUAUUUGAAUAUCUUUGUUGGCCACAAAGUGAUGCUGAUUAUUUAGUGAAUAUUUCAUGUGGUGUAUUACGUCAUCCGGGUGUUGAUUCAUCGAAAUUUUUUAGUCGAUAUUGUCUUCCAUCGGGUAAAUGGUCUAAUGUUAGUUUUGCAUCAUGUUUUUAUCGCGAUAUUUUGGCUUUAUUGGAUAAAUCAUAUAUUCGAAGGCCACCAGAAGAAAGAGAAGUUUUUGAAAGAAUUGUUCGAGUUCUUCGUUAUGUUGAAUUAGCUGGACUAUCUAUAUCAUUUACUAGUAUUCUUAUUUCACUUUUUAUAUUUUUUUCUUUUAAAGCAUUAUACAAUAGUCGAACAAAAAUUCAUAUAAAUCUUCUAUUAGCAAUUCUUAUUCAGAUAAUUGCUCGAGUAACAACAUAUGGACUUCAAAUGGCUCAGUUAAAAAAUUCACCAAAAAAUGAAUGUGAUGUUAAUGGAAGUAUUUAUCCAUAUCCAACAAGAACUUUAUUUGAUAGCAUUUGUCCAUUAUUUAUUGCAUUUUUACAAUUUGGUAUAACAGCUAUGUUUAUGUGGAUGCUUUGUGAAGGAAUUCAUCUGAAUAGUAUUUUAACAGUUAGUGUUUUUAAAAAUUAUUUUAAAACAUAUUAUUUUCAUAUUAUUGGCUGGGUUCUUCCAUUUUGUUUAACAUUAAGUUGGAGUAUCGUUAUGUUUAUCAAACAACGUGAUCGCAGAUGUUUUUAUAAUUAUAAUCAUUUAAAAUAUUAUUGGAUUAUUGACGGGCCUCGAUAUGCAGUAAUGAUUAUAAAUAUAAUUUUUUUAUUGAAUAUUACUCGAGUUUUAAUGGUUAAAAUCAAACAAGGUUCAGAAAACCAAAUACGUGAAGACAAACGUCGUGGUUCAGCAAAUGCGAAAACUGUUCGGAAAGCGUUUAAAGCAGCUAUUUUUCUAUUACCUUUAUUAGGUAUAACAUAUGUACUUGAAACAUUUACUUCAGCAGGUAACUCAGUGAAUGUUUUCUUAAUGACACUUCAAGGAUUUUUUUGUUCAUUAUUGUAUUGUUUUCUUAAUGCUGAAGUUCGUGAAAUAUUGUCUCGACGUUUUCAAACAACACAAUUUUGGUAUCGUUGGAAACGAUAUUUAGCAAAGAAAGAUCAAUUUCGAAAUCGAGCAGAGAGUGAUGAAAAUCGAACACAUUUAGAUUUAUAUGCACAUAAUUCAAUUUUACCUAAAAAACCUCCAAUCAAAUUAGAAGAACAUCAUUUAACAUGUGACAUCGAUGAAAAUAUUCAAAAUUAA